UGGUGGGGCUGUUUAACAUGCAAGAGAUAAAGUACCUUUUACAUUCUUCAUUUUCGGCAAAUAAAAAUGGUUGCUCGUUUUGGACUGUUGAAGUGAGGUGAGGUGAGGUGAGCUGAGCUGAGCCCUAAACAGUAGAAGAAAAUUCUCAAGAGAGCCGUUGUGCAACGGCUGAAACGACCCUUUACCGGCCAGUUUAGUGACGACCCGUCGUGCCGUACAGGAAACGCCGAUUCCCGUGCUUACUCAAAAUGGGAAGUGCGAAUAUGAUCAGUUCAUGGGGCUGUUCCCGUGUUUCAAUUGCUGAAUAUUCUGAAAAAUUCGUUCCGAAGUUGCAAUCUUUUAAGCAAAGAGGUGUAACCCAUUUGAUUAAUUUUGAUCUAGCUAGAAGGCCGAUGAGGUUUCAGAAGAUUGGAGUUGGGGUUCCCAUCUGCUGCAAAAGAAAUGAUAUGAUUGAUUUUGAGGAAAGAACAAGCGCAAAUGAGGUUAGGAAGGAGAUUGAACGGUGUUAUGAACUAAUUAACAGGUUAGGUAGGGGAGUUAUCUAUGUCGGGUCUGCAAGACCAGGGUCUAAUCAUCCACAUUAUAGGGAAGCACUUGAGCUUAGCAGAGAGGUUGCAAAUCUAUUGGAUUGCACAACAUGGACAGGAGCUGGUCCGGGAUUAAUGGAUGCAGCCAUUAAAGGUGCGCUGCAAGCUGGAAAGCCGGUUGGCGGAUUUAAGAUCGAGAAAGAAGCUGGUCAAUGGUCUUCAACUGGCUCUCAUCCUUACCUUCCUCAUGAUACUUAUCUUACUUGCAGGUUUUUCUCAGCAAGGAAACAUGGGUUUGUGGAUGCUGCAGUGAGAAACAGCCCCUCGGAUCGGACAGCUAUAAUUGCACUUCCUGGUGGAAUUGGAACUCUGGAUGAGAUAUUUGAGAUUCUAACACUAAUUCAGCUACAGCGAAUAGGAUCGCAGCUUCCAGUUCCAUUCUUGGUCAUGAAUUAUGAUGAAUACUACUCCAAGCUACUAGAUUUUUUCGAUGAAUGUGGACGUUGGGGAAACCUUGCAAAGGGAGAGGUGGACUCCCUCUGGAAAGUGUGUGCUAACAAUGAAGAAGCUCUGUCUUAUUUAGCAACAUUUUACGGUCUUCCCCAAGUGGUGGAAAAACUUGAAACAACAGAGAUGCGUAUUGUGUAACAUUUCAUCACAAUGUCUUUAACAUUACAAUCUAAUCUUUGGUAAUGUUGCACACCAUCAGAUAUCAGUGACUUAAUUAACUCUUAAUUAGCAUUCAGCAUUCGUUUUCUCGA